CCCCCUCUGCCGACGUGGCCAGGCCCGGAAAGAGGAGCUCCAGGGCGGCCAGGAAUCACCAGCUUGUCGGUGAAGUUGUUGGGCUGCAACUCCGAUGUUUUCCUCACCAUUAGCUAUGCUGACUAGUGCUGAUGGGAGCUGUAUUCUACUAACAUUGGGAAGGCUACAGUUGCACAACUGAUCCCAAAAUUAAAAAAAAAUGUCGAGUGGCACAGGUGAUGUGUUAAUUCAAGAGAAAAAUGAAGAAUUAUUGGAACCUGGUGGUAAUAUUUCAGCUUCUGACAGAGGGAUGCACGGUGAAACAACAGAACUAGUGCCAUCACCAGAUGAUGAGAGACAAAUGUCCAAAGCCAAAGAUGAACAGGAAGAGAACCUGAUAACUGUAGGGAAUCUUUCAAAUGAGGAACCUUCCAGUGGAGAUGCAGCUGAGCAUGUUCUUCCUGAACUCGGCGAAUCUGUGAACCUUGAAUCAGAACCUGGAUCUGAGGUGCCAAAUGAAGAAAGUGAUCCACAGAGAACAGAGUCAGGACCUAAAGGAAGUGGAUGGACAACAUGGGGAUCAUGGGGCAAGUCCCUGUUUUCAACAGCAUCUGCCACAGUUGGUCAAGGAUUAACUGCAGUUAAAGAAAAAGCAGCCACUCUCAGAAUUCAUGUUCCUUCUUCAGGGUCAUCCGAAGAUGCACAUCCCAAGGGAACAGAAAACCUUGUCACAGACAUGGAAGAGCCUCUACAAGAAAGCUCCCAAGAAGAUGUGCCUUUACCUUCAUCUCCUUCUGGCUCCCGUGGGAUGUUUUCAACCAUCACUAGUGCUGUACACAAUACGGGUAAAAGUGUCUUAACUGGUGGCCUAGAUGCUUUGGAGUUCAUUGGCAAGAAGACCAUGAAUGUCCUUGCAGAAAAUGAUCCCGGAUUUAAAAAAACCAAAAUACUGAUGGAGCGAACAGUCUCUUUAUCUCAGCUGUUGCGAGAAGCCAAAGAAAAAGAGAAGCAGAGACUAGCGCAGCAAGUGUCAUUCGAAAGGACGGCACAUUAUGGGCUGCUUUUUGAUGAAUUUCAGGGUCUGUCUCAUCUGGAAGCUCUGGAAAUUCUAUCUAAUGAAAGUGAAGCCAAGAUACAGUCAUAUUUGACGUCAUUUGAAGGAACAGAAUUGGAAACAGUAAAAAAUGCUUUAAUAGCUAUUAAGGAGAUCUUCGUUCCACAAGAUGCAGACAGUGAAGACAAUGAAGUGAAGGAAGAAGAUAUGGGAGAUGAAUUUGUUACCAUUCUUACUGAACUCCUGUUUGAACUUCAUGUUGCUGCAACUCCUGACAAACUUAACAAAACUAGAAAGAAAGUAUAUGAUUGCUUGGAAGAAGUUAGUCUCCCUACAUUUAUAGAACUGGAAAAAACCCAAGCAGAAAAAAUUGAAGAAAAUGAAGAAAAACAAAAAGCUGAAGAAGAAUCUUACACAGAAGAACCUGGAAACAGUGAAGAAACGAAGAAGAAAACAGUAGAGGAAAUCUAUAUGUUGUCUAUUGAAAGCCUUGCUGAGGUAACAGCCCGUUGCAUUGAGCAGCUUCAUAAAUUAGCAGAAUUAAUUCUUCAUGGACAAGAAGUUGAAAAACCUGCCUUGGAUCAAGCAAAAGUCCUAACAAAUUUAACAUGUACAAUGUGUAAUGAAGUGUCAUCCCUAUCAAAGAAAUUUUCUAAUGCUUUAACUUCAGUUGGGAGUGACAAAAAGGCUGAAGUCCUUAAUCCCAUGGUCAACAGUGUAUUACUAGAGGGCUGUAACAGCACCACUUACAUUCAGGAUGCUUUCCAGUUAUUGCUUCCAGUUCUCCAGAUCUGUCAUAUCCAGACUAAUUGUUUGAAGACACAACAGUGACUUUUGAACCAGCAACUAUGUCUGCAUCCAUUGGGAGAUCAAAGAGCCUUUUAAGGGACACUAGACGCAGUUUUGCACAUACAGUACUAAACAACACUUUUGUAUUUAGUUAACUAUUUAAACACAUUGGUAUAUAACAGGGGGAAAAUCCUUUCCUGUACCUUGCAUUAAUUUAAGGUAAAACAUGUGUGCUGGUAAGAAUUUUCUUGAGCUAUUGAUGUACUACGUAAAUAGCAAAACAUUCCAUUUUGAAACACUUGGAGUGGCCAAUUUGCCAGCAAUCCUAGAUUGAAAUCUUUCUUGUCAAAUCUGUGUAGUAUGUUUAGGCACAGAUUGGUGAUUUCUAAAUUAAGUACAUACUUGUUGCUGCACGUUUUUAGGAUUUAGCAGCCAGUAAGAUUAGACAAUGAGACAGGUGAGCGGGGAGGCCUUGCUGCAUAAUCUGACUGCCCUAUAGAUAUGUGGCAUGCAUGCAGCUGAGAAAAGGAAAACUGCCAAAGGAUUGGAUCAUCCUUUUUCUUUCUUAAAUCAAAAUUAAAAGAUUGUUUACAUUUCUAGACCAGUUGUAAAUACUCUCACUUAUCUUAAACAUAACUGAAAUAUGUCCUUACCCUAACAGUGUCAUGAACUAAUGAAAGUAUUUCAUUCCUAGACAUGGAGUCAUAAACUCAUAUGCAGGAAACUAUAAAUCAAUUAAAUUCCAAAUUAACCUCAGAGACCAGCAAAAAUUAAUGACUACAUCUCUUUGUGCUGGUUUCUUAGGGUCACUCUGCAAAUGCACCAUGGUAGGCCAGGGACUUCCUUUCUGGUCCACUCUUGCCCCCCAGUAGCACUUUCCAAUGUAAACUGGAUAACCAUGUUAGUUUAUUGCAGCAAAAGCACAGACUUGUAUAAGCUUCCAUGGCUAGAGUUACCUGCGUCAGGGCAUGAAGCAUGAUCCUUUAUUGAAAGGUUUGUGUACAUUUGGUUGUAGGGGAGGUAUGGGUGGAAAAAGUUAACAGUGCAAGUGAACAUCUGUGACAAGUCAAUGAAAGUUUAAAUGCAUAGAAACUAAUCACAGUGCCUAUUUACAGAUCACUGAUGAUUAUAAUAAUGAUAAAAAUACACAUAUAUUACAUUAUGUAUUAGUGAUAGGGCUAAUUUCCAACAAUUUCCACAUCUAUCUUUAGUGUCUCAAGGCUUUUCUGUGUGUAACACAGUGUAGGCACAAUAACAUUGUCUUCUGCCAGAAUUGCAGAGGUACUGUCAAGUGCCUUGAUUUGUCAAACCAAUGGAUAGUUAGUUGAUGGUAGAAGUCCUAUUACUGGUUUAGAAGAAGCUUUCAAGAAAAGUCAAUUUACUUUCAAGGAUCAUAUAGUGCAGUGCUACCCAGUGGUUCAAAGACUGGUGCUGCUUCAUGUGCCAUUAGUUACCAAGUUUCUAAGACAAAAAAAAUCAAUUACAGCCAAUGGGCACAAAUAUGGUACCAGUCCCUUAGGCAAUGUGCCCUGUGUACUGGACACAAUGAAAAAAGAAAGAAGCCAAUCCCCCAUGUCAGAUAGCUAAUGAAGCACUAAUAUAUUGGUGUGCUUUUUGUUAAUCUGAUUCAAUAGUGGGCUGACAUUUAAUUGAAACAUUGUGUAUGAAAGCAUUACACAUAGAAUUUUGCAACACUAUUAGUCAUAUUAGCCAUGUGUUUGGAAAUAAUUCUUUUUUGUUUUUAAUGAGCUCAUCCAGUGCAGAAUACUCGGGGGUUAAUCCUGUGAGGGAAAGACUGGAGGGAUUGAUGGAAGUGGAUUGCCGUAAUAGAGGUGAUCUUUUAACUAAAGGUUUCGCAAGAGUAUAUUGUAAGCCUUGGGGAGAUAUUUUUAAGAGAUGGUAAGAGAAUCGUUUAAAACACUAGAUUGCUUAUUUGAAGCUGACUUUACUGCAGAUUUUGCUGAAAAACUUAAAUUAUGCAUGUAGUGGGCUAGAGCUUUGUCCUUCAGGGAAAUGAGUAAGAAAGAAGCUACUAAAUGAAAUGUAGAGAAGACUGUCCUUGUUUGGUCCUUAAAAUGGAGUUUAUAUUACUCUUCGUGGAGAGAUUUGUACUGACAGUAUUAUAUAUUAAAAUGAACUAAUUCAUUUGAAAGCAGUUUUCUCAGUGUAUAGUUGUGUUGAAAAUGCAGUGCUAGGUGGUGUAGUGAAGAGGCUGCAGGGCAAGAAAGGUGAAGAAGUGGUAUGGGAAGUUCUAGCUACAGGUUGAGUCUCCCUUAUUCAGAAUUCAGAAAUACUCCAAAAACCAAAACUUGCCCAUGAGUGACAGAGAUAAGGACACCUUUAAUUUCUGUUGGUUCAGUGUAUGCAAACUUUGUUUCAUGAACAAAUAUAUUAAAUAUAUUGUACAAAA